AUGAACAACUUCACUUUCUUCACUGAGUUCAUCCUCCUUGGGCUGUCUGCUGACUGCCACAUCCAGACUCUGCUCUUUGUGCUGUUCCUGGGAAUUUACCUCCUGACCCUGAUGGGGAAUCUGGUAAUGAUCCUGGUGAUCAUAGGGGAUUCUCACCUCCACAUCCCCAUGUAUUUUUUCCUUGGACAUCUGUCCUUCCUAGAUAUCUGCUUCUCUUCAGUUACUAUGCCCCAAAUGCUACAGAACUUCUUAUCUCAGAAGAAAAGCAUCUCAGUGUGGGGCUGCAUCACCCAGAGUUUCUUUUUUCUUCUCUCUGGGUGUGCUGAAGCCAGUCUUCUCUCUGCCAUGGCCUAUGACCGCUAUGCUGCUGUCUGCCACCCCCUGCUCUACACCAUGGUCAUGAACAGGCCUCUCUGCAUGGUAAUGGUUAGUGCAGCAUGGGUGAUGGGGUUUCUCUACUCACUAGUAAAUAAUCUUUUCAUCCACAAGUUACAUUUCUGUGGGUCCAACAUUAUCUCCCACUUCUGCUGUGAGCUUCCCUCACUCUUCCCUCUGUCAUGUACUGAUCCCACUGCCAACAAAUUCCUUCUGUCAGGGUCCAGUGGAUUUCUGGGACUGCUGACACUUCCCCUGAUCCUCUUCUCUUACUCCAGAAUCAUUUCUGCCAUUCUGAACAUCCGCUCCUCUGAGGGCCAAGCCAAAGCCUUCUCUACCUGCUCCUCCCACCUCACCGUGGUGCUCUUGUUCUAUGGGACAGCUCUAUUCAGGUACAUCAGCCCUGCCUCAGGCUCAGUGUUGGAGCGAGUGAUCUCCAUUCAGUACAGUGUGAUUACAUCCUUGCUGAACCCCCUCAUCUACAGCCUCAAGAACCAGGAGGUGAAGGCGGCUCUGCAAAGGAUGCUGAGCUAUAUUAGUAGCCACUUUGUCCUAGGACCAGUGGCCCCUUUGACUGUGGUUAAUGCUGCAUUUCCCGUGGGCAGUGAACAAUUCUUGACUCUCCAGAGACUCUUCUCACCACCUCCUCAGGGCCCGCCUGGCACAAGAUCUCAGAGACUUAAUGAAAGAAGAAAUACAAGUCACACAAACUGGCCAGGAGCUCUCAUCAGUACUCAAGGAAAAAAGAAGAGAAAAAUCCAAGUCUUAAGAGAGCCACCUCCAGAAAGACCCACACCAGAAUACUUUGGCUUUUAA